GAAACAAAAUCAAGAAGAAAAUAAAAAGAGGAGAGAGAGUCGGUCUAAUGAUGGAAAAUGAGGAAUGGAGCGAGGAUUUGGGCGAGAAAUUAGAUUGGGAGAGCAUUCAAAUAGGAUGCUCUAGAUUUACCUAUAAGGUUUGAAUUUCAAAAAUUGAAUCCAGGGAUUGCAUUUUUCUUCUCUCCGUUGUUUCACAUACUCAUCUCAUAUCUCUCAGACAACUGGGUUGGAGAAAAAUCCGAAUUCGAAAAGAUACUCCCCUCUCUCUCUGUCUAAAGGAAGUUGCAAUCUUUGUUGAAUUCUGUGCUCUCCUCUUCUCUCCAUAUAUAAAAACCCAAUCUAGGCUCCUGAUUCAUUCAAUUCCGUAAAAUCUCACACAUUUCCAGCUCUACUUUGCGAUUCUCAUUAUCAACAAAAAUAUGGUGGCGAUAUGCUGGGUGUCUUACCAUUUAUGAUAGCUUUGCCCUUUAAAUCGCCACGAAUUCUCGUCAAAUUUGAUGGAUCGGAGGGAGGAUGGCCCCAGAAGAACAACACAUUGUGAGCAGCACUCAUAGCGGCGACAGAUCCAGGAACGUUAAGCAGAAGAAAAUCCCGCAGCGAGGGUUAGGCGUUGCGCAGCUUGAGAAAAUCAGAGUGGAGGAGCAGAGGAAGAAGGAAACCGCCAAUGCUCUGCCAAACAACGCCAUCGCUUCGGCUACUGACGCAACUCUUUCGCCGUCGCCGGUCAAUUUCCGAUCACCAUCGCUCCCAGUUCAGAUGAAUGGAAGCGUGGAGGAUGCCGCCAGUUGGUGUAGAUUGUGGAAUGGUGAUUACAAUCAUCGGAAUGAUAAUGCUGCUGAAUUCCGGCCACCGGUGAAUUUGCAGUCGGAGUCGAAUGCUGCUCUGCCUCAGAGAUUCUUCCGCUUUCAGCGACCUGCUUCUCCAGUGGUGAAUCCCUCUUCACCAUCAGCUUCCUCCCAUAUGGAGCCCCCUUCAAACCAAAAUAUGCAUAAUAUACAUUGUAAUAGCUACGCAUCUUCCUCCUCUUCGUGGCCAGAGGAAUACAAGAUGGUAGGCGUGAAGAGAUCGUACCCGUUCUCUCUUGAAAGUCCACCGGCUGGUUCCUUCAACGGUCAUUUUGAUCCUUCCUCCGUUGCUUCCAAAUCAAGACGUGAUGAACUACCUUCAUGUGGCAGUGGGUAUGCAGCAGUAGCAGCUCGAACGGAACCAAGAAAUGUAUACAUGAGAGAUGGUCCAUCAAACCUGCCUGAGGAUGAUGGGAGGCUAAAUGGCAACUUCUUAACCUUGGCUCCUCCUCCUUGGAACUCAAAACACACAUAUGCCACGGAUAACCCGGAGUCUCAAGGGCCGGAGGAAAACGAGACAAGGCAAGUGCAUCAUUGGAUAGCAAGUAGAUCAAGGGAAGAGCCCUUCAGCUUCUUUCCAGUUAGGGCAGAUGAAAGUGAUGAGGAAAAGGGAGAAACUAUUGAUCUCAAUCUGAAGCUGUAGAAAGUAAAGGGAAGUGAUAGAAGCUUGCUCAUGUGAUGCGUUUGACUAGUUAUAUAUGUAUGUUGUGCUUUUGCCUAUUUGUUGUGCAAAGCCUUUCCAUUCAAUUUCCAACUGCUAUUCAUCAUCCAGAUUUUAAUAUAUGUAUAUAUAUAUAUAUAUAUAUAUAUAUAUAUAUAUAUAUAUAUGGAUCUGCUUAUUUCUA